AUGCUGCCUCUUUCAUUCCAUCCAACUUCAAUAAUCGGUUUGGAUGAAAAUUUGAAUGUUGUAAACUGGAGAAUGAGGUGUAAUGCUCCUAAAGCUGAUUUCGACUACCCACCUGACUUCCAGGAGGAGUCGAAGAAGCAAAUGGCAAUGCCUGUGAAGCUAUCAAUUUCUGGGCAACAGACUCAACAACAACAACAGUUUUUCGAUGAAUCAGAUUCUGAUAAAAGUGACGAAAAAAGUGACGAAGAAGGAGACAAGAACUGCCAGAUCAUCGAGAAUAUGAGUAGAGUAACACUGUCACAGCUCCCGUAUAUCGAUAUAGAAUACGAAAAGAGCUAUACACCAAUAAUUGGCCAUGUGACUCAUGGAUUUAUCAUGUUAAAGAAGAAUACUAAAUAA